AGUGCGUGUAGUCGACACUCACUCCUUAGUCGCUUGCUGGCUCGCGCAAACGUCUCAGCUGCUUGCGAAAGAAGAAGAAAAAAAUAAGAGUAGAAACCAGAGAAAAAAUGAACUAGGAGCAAAUGAGAGAAUUAUGCAGGGGAACUGCUAAAAAUAUCUAGCAAUACAAAAGAUCUGUCAUUUUUCCUCUCACGUUCGCUCUAAUUUUUCUUUUUCUGUUCUGCUGUACCCUGGAUACCUGACCGGCAGGAUUAAAAAUGACUUAAAUUUCAAUCAACUGUGGCAGGAGAGAAAGAAAGAGGGAUGAAAAAAGAGGAGUUUGUCCUCUGAAGAGAUUCAGCAGCACACAGCUGGUGAGAACGAGGGAGUGUUAGACAUAGAGAGAAAUCAAGAGAGGGAGGGAAGAGGACCGGAGUCCAAAAGAGAGAGAAAGAGGGUCUUGUUUCGCUUUUAAGGAAGCCAGGAGUCGGAUCGCCGUUUCCUGCAGGAUUACUCGACUGGAAAUGCUGGAAAAGCAGGUCUGUGGAUCACUCCCCUAUCUACCAUGCAAGACUCCCCACCCCUUCAGCCAUUCAGAAAACCACAUCCGUCCCACAUUUUAUGUCAUCCUCACAGGAACACACACUCCCCCUCAUUGCCCUCUCAUCCAUCCAUCCAUCUGAAACAAAAUAUCCUCAAACCCUCUGAAGCAUUUUGUCAACCCUCUCCUCUGCUGUGGCCAAAGUUCACCAGCAGAAACUCACCCCCAGACACAUCCUCACCGACACUGCCACUGCAAUUACUGCACUGGCUGGCACUGGUCACUUGUGCCUGCUUGCUGCCUGCUCUUUUCAGUCAAAUUCCAGGAGCUGUAGCUGGCGAGACGUGGGGUGUAGUCUCAGCGUGCCCCUUCCAUUGUGUCUGCAGGAAUCUCUCAGAAUCUCUAAGCACACUUUGUGCCGACAAAGGUCUUCUUUUUGUCCCGGCAAACAUUGACCGCCGAACUGUUGAGCUUCGCCUUGCUGAUAACUUCAUUCGAGAAGUGGGAGGAGCUGACUUUGCCAACAUGACAGGACUGGUGGAUUUGACACUAUCCCGGAAUACCAUCAGUCACAUCCGGCCACUGGCAUUUGCAGAUCUGGAAAGUCUUCGUUCGUUGCACUUAGAUGGCAACCGACUCUCAGAGCUGGGCCCACGAGACUUAGUAGGCAUGAUAAACCUGCAGCAUCUCAUUCUCAACAACAACCAACUCAUCAAUAUCUCAUCCGAGGCCUUUGAUGACUUUUUAUUCACUCUAGAGGACUUGGACUUAUCCUAUAACAAUCUGCGCAAGGCUCCCUGGGAUGGCAUUCAGAGUAUGGCCAGUCUGCACACUUUGAACCUAGAUCACAAUCUCAUUGACCAGAUUGCUGAGGGGUCUUUUAGUGAGCUCUACAAAUUAGCCCGAUUGGACAUGACCUCCAAUCGGCUACAGACUUUGCCACCCGAUCCAUUGUUCGCUCGCUCCCAGACAGGGGUCAUCAGCCCUACACCCUACAAUGCCGUAAUCAACUUAAAUUUUGGGGGUAACCCCUUACACUGCAACUGUGAACUGCUUUGGUUGAGGAGGCUGAUCCGCAGUGAUGAUAUGGAAACAUGUGCUACACCCCUACAUUUAGCGGGACGUUACUUCUGGUCUAUCCCUGAGGAGGAAUUUGCCUGUGAGCCUCCGCUAAUUACCCGACAUACACACAAACUCUGGGUUUUGGAGGGUCAAAGGGCAACACUCAAAUGUCGUGCUAUUGGUGAUCCAGAGCCAGUGGUGCACUGGGUCUCACCAGAUGACCGCAUCAUUGGCAAUUCCAGUCGUACCACAUCUUUCCGAAAUGGCACUCUUGAGAUACAUGUGACUAUUGCUCGUGAUGAUGGUACGUACACUUGUAUUGCUAUCAAUGCUGCAGGUGAGGCCACCUCACUUGUUGACCUGAAGGUUAUCCCCCUCCCUCAUCGUGGAAAUGGAACGGUAUUGUUAGCUCGUGACCCAGGAUCAUCGGACAUCACCAGAGGGAAGACUUCCAGUGGGCAAAGCUCUGGUCUGGACACUAACAGUGACCCCCAGGAGGGACAGGAGGAGGGUCAGACAGAGGGUGAGGAUGUGGUCAGUGAAGGGAGUGAGGAACAGAUCGUAGGAGUACAAGGAGUGACCUCCACCUCAGCACAAGUGCGAUGGGAUAAGGGUCAACUGAUGGGAGUCAGCCUGGUGUGGCUGUAUCAAAUACAGUAUAACUGCACUGCUGAUGAGACACUAAUUUACAGGAUUCUGCCCCCCACAAGUGACAGCUUUCUACUGAAAAACCUGGUCUCUGGCUCAGACUACAAUUUGUGCGUGCUAGCCAUUUUUGAUGACACAGUCACUUCCAUGGCCGCCACAAAGGUCCUUGGUUGCACCCAGUUUAGCACCAAGGACAAUUACCCAGACUGCCGUUCGCUUCAAGCCCACUUCCUUGGCGGGACUCUUACAAUUCUGGUUGGUGGAGUUGUUGUAGUAACGCUGUUGGUGUUUACCGUGGCACUGAUGGUACGUCACCGUGUGUGCAGUAACCAUGACAAUCAUCAUGAAAUUGGCGAGGAGGUGGGUUGCUCAGGAACAGACUUCCCGCCUCUUCCUGCCAAGAGAGCCGAUGUCUUUUCUCAGAGUAAUGGAAAUGGGAAUGUGAUAAUGGUGGUGCUGCCCAACGGACUUGUUCAAAAACGAAAAAUGGCAGAGAGAGGGUUGGGUUCACCGCCCAAACCAACUUCCAAAGUGAAACCAAAAACCCUCCCAAAGCCCAAGGUGAAUCUGGAACAGUUCAGGGCAGGACUAGAGGUCGAGAUGGGGUCUGUCAGGCCUCUUCCUCCAUACAUUCUGGAGAAAGAGCAAAUGUCUUUGUAUUAUACCCCCAGUAAUCAUUCCCCCUCCACACUGCCACGGCCGUCACAGCAAUUAGGAGCGAAACUGCUCAAACUGCGCCCUACAAAUAUGGACACAAGUAAAGGGGCCAGUUUAAGCUUGGCUCCGCCCCCUACGUACAGUCGUGACAGGCGGUUCAGCACAGGUGGGGGCAUUGUAGUCCGUCGGGGAGGACCAGAGAGCCAGUGGAAUUCCUCACUGGCCUAUCAGAGCCCUGUGUUGUCCCAUGAGAGUUCUCUUCACAGCGCCCUGCGCUACAAGAGAAGCUCAUCAUUUGAUAUGGGUGAAAUUGCCACAACAGCCUGCUAUAGUUAUGCCAAGAGACUUAGCGUAAUCUGGACCAAACGGAGCCAGUCGUUACAUGGCAUGCUUGUCCAGUGCACUUCAGCAACAAGCACCUCAACAACCAGCAGCGGCAGCGAAGAUUUUCACAUGCAGCAUGCACGCGGGCACAUCCGUGCCUACAAUACCACCAACUCAAAUUCCAACCCUCCAAAAGCGGAGGUUACAACGAAUUCAAAGAACCAGUGGCUGAAGGAUAAAGAAAAGGACAAAGAAAAGGAAGAAGAACUUGAGGAGAGUGUGGUGUAGGGAAAGAGAAAACAGAUGAGACACAAGUAGAUAAAUGAAGAGACAGGAUGUUAGGACCAAAAAAGAUGGAUGCAGAAGGAUUCAUAGAGAAACCGGUUUAAAGGAAAGCUAAAAAUGUGGUAAAGUUACUGUAUAAGACUGUAUUACAAAAAAACAAAAAAACAAAAAACAAACAUAAGCUGGUUUGGUGGCCUUAGCUGCUCUCUGGCUUGGUAAUGGUGAUCUGGUUUGUUGGUUUUAGAUGGGUUUGGGGUACUUGCCAGUUGGACAGCCUG